UUACCAUCAAAUUGUUGCCUCCUAUCUUUUCAACUCUGGGACUGACGUUACUGGACAGUGCUGUGGAAAGGCGUCCCGUGGCAGAAGACUUGCACUAGAGAAUGUGCAUAAACCUGUUGUAAGACAGCGAAAACGUUAGUCCGACAUCAAAAGAUGGAAGUACAGGACCAGGAGUCUCUGGGGAGAUGGGACCGGCUGGGCAGCCGGGAUGCCAUCUCCAGAACUAAAGCCAUGGAGAACAUCUGCCAGGACGUCAUGAGGAAAGUGGAGGCCAUCAGGCCCAUACCAUCAUCGGCCCUGUCACCCCCAGCCUCGAGAAGCCCUCCCAAGAGUGACCUAAAUGACAUCCUGGCUCACCUCCUCAUGCUGUCCAAACGGUGUCCCUAUGAUGACGUCAAGGAGCGAUGUGUUCGGCUUCUACAGGGAGUCCAGGACUUGGGAGUAAGAAUCCCAAGACCCUUAGGAAACGGACCAAGCAGAUUUAUCCCUGAAAAAGAGGUAACAAGACCACCAGAGAUUUCUCCAGAGACUUUUAACUCGCUUGCAAAAAUGAACAGAUUUAGGAAACUUAUGACUUGUUUUUUUUCCCUCGAUCAGAUUCUUCAAAUCAGUAAAGUGGACGCCAGGACACAGUCGAUAUUUGAGGAUGCGUUUGCAGCCCUCGGUCGCCUUGACAACAUUUCUCUGGUGAUGGGCUUCCACCCGCAGUACCUGGGGAGUUUUCUCCGGACGCAGCACUACCUGCUGCAGAUGGAUGGACCUCUGUCUUUGCACUACCGACACUACAUCGGCAUCAUGGCGGCAGCUAGACACCAGUGUUCCUACUUAGUCAACCUCCACGUGAACGACUUCCUCCAGGUCGGGGGGGAUCCCAAGUGGCUGAACGGCCUGGAUGAAGCGCCGCAGAAGUUGCAGCAGCUCGGGGAGCUCAACAAAAUCCUGGCCCACCGACCUUGGCUUCUCACCAAGGAACACAUCGAGUGCCUUCUGAAAGCAGAGGAGCACAGCUGGUCCCUCGCAGAGCUAAUCCACGCCGUGGUCCUCCUCACACACUACCACUCCCUCGCCUCGUUCACCUUCGGCUGCGGCAUCACGCCCGAGAUCCACUGCGACGGCGGACACACUUUCAGACCCCCCUCCGUCAGCCAGUACUGCGUCUGUGACAUUGCAAAUGGCAACGGGCAUGCUAAUCACCACGACGAUCCGCUCGGCAACCAGGAGAUAUGCGGUGAGGUGGAGGUGCUGAUGGAACGCAUGAAGCAGCUGCAGGAGUGCCGCGACGACGAGGAGGCUAGCCAGGAGGAGAUGGCAACUCGCUUUGAGAGGGAGAAGACGGAGAGCAUGUUGGUGGUCACAGCGGAGGACGAGGAGUCUGUCCCCUCCAGAGACAUCUCCCGACACUUUGAGGACCCCAGCUAUGGCUACAAGGACUUCUCCAGAAGGGGGGAGCAUGUGCCCACAUUCAGAGUGCAGGACUACAGCUGGGAGGAUCACGGUUUCUCUCUGGUCAACAGACUGUACCCUGAUGUUGGGCAGAUGCUGGACGAGAAGUUCCAGAUGGCCUACAAUCUGACCUACAACACCAUGGCAACACACAAGGAUGUAGACACCAGUAUGCUGCGCAGGGCCAUCUGGAACUACAUCCACUGCAUGUUCGGCAUCAGGUAUGAUGACUAUGAUUACGGGGAGAUAAAUCAGCUUCUGGACCGUAGCUUUAAGAUCUAUAUUAAGACUAUGGUGUGUAGUCCUGAGAAGACCACCAAACGAAUGUAUGAGAGCUUCUGGAGGCAGUUUCAGCACUCCGAGAAGGUCCACGUUAAUCUGCUUCUUAUGGAAGCUCGAAUGCAGGCAGAACUGUUAUACGCUCUGAGAGCGAUUACGCGCUACAUGACAUGAAGUGCUUUUGGUGUUUUUAUGGUUGUCUUUUUACUGUCUGUCAUUGCUCAUUAUGGGACACUUCAAGGGAAAAAAAAAAAGAAAUU